AUGGCUCAAUCCGACCAAGACGACAACUCACGCCCAGACACGCCUCAAGCGAUUCCUAUACCCGUAGCCGACGUUGCUGCUCCAGGCUCGGCCUCAGGGAGUCCACCUGUGAACCCCCCUAGCACGUUCCACCUACCGAUACCCGCACCAGUCCUCAGCAAGCCACAGGCUUCAUUUACGCUACACGAUAUCAUUAAUGACCACGAUGAGAACGACCCCUUGCCUUCAGAAAUAGCAUCGGCAGAUAUUUCCAUUGCUACCGACGGCAGCUUUGUAGAGACUUCUUCAGGGCCAGCUGCACGGGAGUUGAAGAGACGCUAUGAUCAACAGUAUGGGGUAGGCCUGAACGUUCGCUCGCCAUACGCAAUCACUGCGUUCGUGAAUCAGCAUGGGAAGCAGAUGUAUCGAGUUGGCCACCGGGACCUCACAGCCCCUGGUGCAGCAGCAGCAGAGAUCGAGGAACGGCUCUCGUCUAGCGACUCACUUCAGGCUCCCCGCCCAAAGAGACGUUCACGCAUGAGCGUACAUACAUUUAUACCUCCUACGGUUCUCAAACUCGCUGGCGCAACGCAGCCCCCACGACCGCACACAUCGUCAGGCCGCAAGCUUAGGAAGACUCGAUCUAUUCCCGACAUGUACGGGGGUACAUCGUCAACCUCUAAUGGGGUGUCGGCACGCGCACACUCGCAGAGCGUCACGGCGGCAGAUUUGCCACGGCCACUGAUCAUAGACACCUCCUCUUCGCACGGGGACAUCUUCAGCAGCCUGAUGGGGUGGUCUCUCCCUUCAACAAGCACUGAAUCCACCCCCAGCUCAGAAGGCUCGCACAGGUUUCCGUUACUCCUUGCAUAUCCUUUUGGACCAGAGGUAUCGUUUGACUCUCCGUCUAGAAAACCACCGAGUUACUUGCCGACCCCGCGGUUGUUGCGCGAGAUGCAGUCGUUUGAGUCGGUGAUGACGGCUCGCCAAAUGGACGGGCGGACGAUGACAACAGACGAUGAGCCUAAGUCCCCCGAGACACCUGAAGAGAAGCGGCCACCAUCAGCAAUACGAAUACGGCCAUCGUUGCCCUCUCUUGACAUAUCGUCCGAGUUUACGCCAUCCUUUGGAACACGAUACUCUACCGAUGUCUUCGACGUUUUGCAGACCUACCGUGGUUUACCACUCCUCGAUAAGCUUCUGCCAGAGUCAGAAGAAGGUCCCGUAAUCAAGAUGUCCCUAUCUUCUGACGACACGGCUGCACCACGCGACGACCCACGGUUUGUAAUCUGGGGCGAGGUGCAGGUCGAAAACGACGGGGACGACGUGUCCGUUUCUCAAGGGAGCUAUACGGAUAUAUCUGUUUCCGCUCGGUCAUCCACGAUUUCACGAAAGCGUAGCAUUAUAAAGGGCAAAGCACCCGAAAUACGCAAGCCGCGUCCCGGGUCAACGACAAAAAUCCUCGUUGCGGCGACCAUUGAGAGAUGGAUUGCCCAAUUGACUAGCGACCUGAACUAUGACGAAUUAUUGGACUUCUUCAUGACUUAUCGGACAUACAUUAACGCUGUCGACCUUUGCCAUCUCUUGAUUUGUCGUUUCCAUUGGGCUCUAGCGCAACCAAGUUCGCCGACAGACGAGCGAGUUCGGCGAAUAGUUCGCGUCAGAACCUUUGUGGCUAUACGAUAUUGGUUACUGACUUUCUUCGUUGUUGAUUUUACCCCUAACCGAGAAUUGAGGCUCUUGGUUGCUAACUGGCUUAACACCCUCGUUCGUGAUCCGACCUUGCAGCAGCAUUCCGACGGCCUGAGUAUUGUACGCAAAUUGCGCAGAGUAGCGAAAGACUGCAAGAAAGCAAAUACCCGCACAAAUCACGCUCCUUCGUCACAGCCUCGCCCUCCAAAGCCUGAAGCUACCAAGCCAGAGCACGUUCUGGGAGAGAAGUUCGCCGAGGCCACACGACAGCUACGCCCAGAAGACGAGGACUCGGAUGUCGACUUAGACUUCCUCGACGAUGCUAUUCCUGAUGUCGCUGAUACGGCUGACGCUCCGGGCAUCCAGAACUCCGAUUCGUCUGACGGUGUAAGCUCUUCCCGCCCAACAUCCAUUCCUUUAUCUUCGCUCCAUAUCCUUCAACAAACCAAACGAGCUCCUGGCCCUGGACCCGAGCCGGACGGCCCCUUCGUCCAAACACCUGCGACUCUUCCCAUACACCACAGCGCGCUUUCCCGCGUCAUCGUCAAAACCAUAGGCCGACUUGGCCGAUGGAAGCGUGUGCUCAAUUCAAGAGCAACGGUGCGCGCUCCAUUGGGAGUAUGUGGGGAUGUGUCUGCCUUUGACCUGGAAUUAACGGCGUCUCGAGACUUACUCACGGUCAAUGGAGGUGUUGAGCAAUAUCUCAAGAUGAUCGAGCCUGGUCCUAGACAGCCUCCUGUGAUAACCAGCCCAGAGAACACCCCGGUCGCUGAUAGCCAAGAGAACACGCCCGUCGUCGAAAGUCAGCCAGAGGCUGCUCCUGAUCCUGGUGCACCAUCUUCCCCUCCCUCAUACGAAGCAUCGGUGUCAAUCUCUUCGCCAGUCGACCAAGAUGAACCCGAGGAAGAACCCAAAAGUCCCCCGGGACUCGAUGUCGAAACCGAGGAAUCGGGCGCGACGCAGGUCCCAGUGGCUCCUGUGGAACGAAGCCCAUCUCCUCAGCCCUCAACGUCAGAACUCGAUUCUGCGCCUUCCGAAAGAGCACUGUCGUUUCGGACGUCAUCCACGGACUCUUUUGGGAGCCCUUUGGCGCCAGGCGCGUCCACAUUCACCUCCGGUCCAACGCCGUGGGGCUUUGACGUCGUCUCCAUCGAUGAUCUUGAUCUGUCGGACACGUCUGACGAUGAGCAUGCCGGUGAUGCAUCCGCUCAUCCCGGAAUCCGCCAACCUGCGAGGCGACUGCCCCUCAGACGCGAUUUUGAGUUUGUUCGUCGUGACACCGUCUCAUCGAUCAGCGUUAUGACCAGAGACUCUGUGGCGUCCAUUUCAUCAGACACGUCAGGGCGCGGAGACCACGUACUGGGUGGUGGCAUACAACAGUGGCAACUACACGCAUUGAUUGAUUCACUCAGCGUCGAUGAAGGUGGCGAUGUUGAUGAUGCGUUGCAACGACUAGAGGGCCAAAUCAAUCCCAAGAAGCGGAAGGAGAAAGCGAUGAAAGUUGAUGGUUGGAUAAGAGCAAUUCAGGAACGAAUGGCUGCUGGGGAUUACGAAGACGAGCCACCUCGGUUCCUCUCUGAUGAGGAGGACGAUGAUGAGGAGACUUCUUCGCUGCGUGCUGGUGACAUUAGGUUGCAGGGAUAUGGCGACAGACUCUCUAUCCCACCCUCGUCACCUGAAGGACUAGAAUCCACACGCUCGAUUUCACCCAUGGACAUGGCGACAACUCCGAUGGCCAAGCAACAUACAAUCCCUCCCAGACCGGUAACUAUGGCAUCCAUGGACUACUCGUUAGAGUCACAUUCACAUUCACACUCACAUUCAUCCACACUCGAUGACGUUGUCCCGUUGGAGAUUCAACAAAGCCGUCUCAGUCUGUCGAGUUCCCCGCAGUAUUCUAACCAAUACGUGAACCCUAAUGCUCCUCGCAUCCAUCAGUCAUUCGUGCUCCUCCAACGCGCCGAGGCACUUGCGGAGCACUUCGCGAUGAUCGACCGCGAGCUUUUCCUCGGUCUCCGCUUUGAGGAACUGGUGCUUGAUGACUGGAAGUCUUCUGAAGGGGUUAAUAUUCUAGAUUGGGCUCAAUAUUUGAAGGAUAGAGCACGAUGGAAAGCCGAGGGUCGCAACGCCGAGAAGACCACCGCGCUUGCUGCAAUCCGCGGGCGGUUCAAUCUUGUUGCGAAUUUCGUUAUUUCGGAGAUUAUCCUGACACGCCCUGAAGCUCGCCCGCUCCUCUUCAGUAAAUUCAUUCGGAUUGCAAUUAAAUCCUACGAGUUGAGCAGCUUCCACACGCUCGUCGCCAUCAUGGCCGGGCUGGAGAACCCAUGGACGCAGAUGGCGAUGAAGCGCUCCUGGAGCCGAGUGGGGAUGUACGAGCUGCGCAUCUACGAAGAUCUCAAGGUUUGGACGACCCCUGACGACGACUUCAAAUACAUGCGCAACACGAUCGAGUCCAUUGCCGACAACAAACCUGCGGAUACGAGCACACACGCAGCGUCUGUCACUAGCGGCGGAGGGACCAACCGGAGCAAGGCAGGCUCUGAGAGCAAGCCCGUUCCUACAGCGUGUGUUCCAUUUAUCGGCGUAUAUCUUGCUCAACUGCGACGGUAUAGCAAGCUCCCCGAUUUGAUUGAUCCCACAGCUCCCAAUGAGGCUGUUGGGAUCGAUCUUGUGACCGGCAACUUCGAGACACCCGCACACCCCGAGGUCUUCUCUUCCCUAGCCCCCCUUCCGCCGUCGAUGCAUCUAGAGCCCCUCAUCAAUGUCCACAAGCAACGCAAAAUCGCGAAAGUGAUCAAGUCGCUUGUCGCAGGACAGCAUCUGGCGAGUCGUGUGCAGUUCCAGGUCGACAAAAAGCUGCUCCAGCGUUGUCUCAAGCUCAUAGCUUUAGAUGAAAACACGCUGCAGCGAGCCUAUGCCAUGUACGAUUCAUGA